AUGGAGGCGGCGGCGACUAGACGCGAGCAGCAGCGGCCGAGUCAUGGCGGCGACGCCGCGAGUGCCGACGAGCGACGGGAGGAGAUGGUGCACGAGGACACGAUCGGCGGCGAGCUGCACGCCGCGCACGGCGGGAAGGUGACGCCGGCAGAUGUAGCAUCGAUGACUACUCGCGAGGUUUCAGUGAUUGUGGGUACGCUGCUCAACGUGGAGGUGGCGAAUACCGCGGCGACGCCAAGGAUAGAGACGAUGCCACGCACAAGGACGGCGCCGAAUGUGGAGUCGACACCGACCACGGAGCAGUACGAAGCCGGCCGUGGAGUCGACGAACGAGGCGCCGGCGGAAUGGCCGAAGGUUGCAAAGAGGAAGCGCGGGUCGAAGGCUCCGCUUGCAUACUCUACAAUGUCGACGGCGGCGGACCAAUCAUGGCGCCGAUCAUCGCGGAUGACGACGCCACGAGCAUCGACAGCAACUACCAGUCACCUAGUACACAGACGAGGGCUUCUCCCGUGGCGAGCGAGUCUACGCAGCGGACGAAGGGCACAGUGGCAAAGGCGAAGCCGAACAGCAUGAUGAUGAAUGGGGCGGCGAAGUGCGACGAGUGUGAAAGGAACACGAAGAUGCCGUACGCGGUGAAGAGCAGCAACGUGCAGGAGCAGAGCCAGCUUGGCCAGUAG